GGCGGCGAAGAAACCGACCGAGGAUCAAACGACGGAGGGUCAAACGACGAAACCGACCCCCGGGCCGUUCGCGGGGUUCAAGCCCGUCGCGAAGGGCGGCGGCGGCGCGACGGAGUCGGCGCGCUUCAAGAGNCGGCCGCGCCCGCCGCGGCGCCCGCGCCGCCGCCGCCGUCCGCGGACGCGGCGAUCGCGGCGGAGGACGAGUCCGGGGACGAGUCCGGGGACGACGAAGACGAGAUGGAGGUGCCUCGGCACCGCGCCGCGGGGGGCAGGAACGUACGCAAAGUCGUCGGCCUGGACUCGGACGACGACGACGAGGAGGAGGAGGAGGAGGAACCCGCGGACGUCGAGAUGCCCGACGCCGCGCCCGCGCCGGUGCCGGAUCCCGUCGUCGAGGAGAAGCCCGCGAAGAAGAGCAAAGCCCCGGCGAAGGAAAAGAAGGAGAAGCCGCCGGCGAAGGAAAAGAAGGAGCCGAAGGCGAAAGCCGCCGCGUCGAAGAAGCGCAAGAGCGGGGACCUGGACGCCCCCGCGGCCGAGGAGACGGAGGAGAAACCGGACGCGAUCCCGGAGCCGAGCCCCGCGCCGACGCCGACGCCGAAGGUGAACGCGUUCGCGAAGUUCACAGCCGCGACGGCCGCCGCCGGGAAGGGAAGGAAGAAGAAGAUCGUAACCGUCAUGGACGAGGAAACCGGGGAGGAGACGACGAAGACGGUGUGGGUGGACGACGACGGGAACGAGGUCGACGACGCGUCCCCCGCGCUCGGGGAGAAGACGAACGCGAGCGCGAGCGCGUCGCAACAGAGCGGGCCGGUCAAGGCGGCGGUUGGCGCGGUGGCCGCCGUCGUCGUCGGCGCCGCCGUCGCCGCGGCGGCGGGCGGCGGGAAAGCCGCGGCGGCGGCGGCGAAGAAGAAGGCGGCGCCCGCGGGGCAGAUGGGGAUGGCGUCGUUCUUCGGGAAGAAGUGACGACGCUCGCGCGCUGUGUUAUGCGGGUACGUAGCUCGACGACAGGACGCGUGAUGAGAUCGAUUGCGAAUUGGAAACGAAUUGGACUUUUUC